AUGGACACUUCAGCUAAAUGUGCAUCGCAAGUCAGGGUCGGCGAUGUUCAACUGCCGGCCUCAAAAGAAAAGCUCUCUAUGGCGAACACCGCACAAGAUAAUCUGGACAUGCAACGGCUGGGCAAGACACAACAGUUAAAGAGAAAUUUCCGGUUUGUAUCUAUCCUCGGUUUCAACUGUACGUUAAUGGCAACCUGGGAGUCUAUUCUGCUCACCAGUAAUUACGGUCUAAUCAAUGGCGGACGAGCUGGGAUGGUAUAUGUUUACAUUGGCACCUUUAUCGGUUUUUUCGCAUCUGUUGCAUCAUUGGCAGAGAUCGCAUCGAGAGCUCCAACGGCGGGAGGCCAAUAUCACUGGGUUAGCGAGUACGCUCCUCCUUCCUGUCAAAGAUUUUUAAGUUAUAUCACAGGAUGGCUCGCGGUUUUGGGCUGGCAGGCAGCGUUCGCCAGUGUAUGUUUUCUCGUCGGAACUUUGAUUCAGGGUUUGUUGGUCACCAUAUGCUCUGUCCCGACCACACACCAUGUAUAUACGUUUGAGAGAUGGCAUGGGACGCUUUUGGCGAUUGCAAUUGCGGUUAUAGCAACCGUCCUCAAUGGGUGGGGUACUCAUUGGCUCGCCAGUCUUGAGCGUCUCUUACUGUUCAUUCAUAUUUUUGGGUUCUUCGUGGUGUUGAUCCCCUUGUGGGUUAAGGCCGACAGAGCAAGCAGUGUCGAGGUUUUUCAGACUUUUAGUAACACAGGAGGGUGGUCGAAUAUUGGAUUGGCUUGUUUAGUCGGCCAACUGACCCCGAUUUUCUCUUUCACAGGGCCAGAUGCAGCGACGCAUAUGGCGGAGGAGGUCCAGGAUGCUUCCAGGAUUGUUCCAUGGUGUAUGAUCUCGACUGCCGUGGUCAAUGGCACGCUUGGAUUCGUGAUGCUCAUUACUCUCCUCUACACCAUGGGUGACAUAGACUCGGUGCUAAAAGCGCCCAGUGGAUUUCCAUUCAUCACAGCUUUUCACAACGCGACCGGGUCGAUCAAUAUGGCGGUAGGCCUCGCGUGCAUUAUCUUGGUUAUGGAGGUCUGCAGUGCUUUGGGUAUCCUGGCAACCACCUCACGUCAGAUCUUCGCAUUUGCCAGAGACAAAGGACUUCCUUUCUCGAGCACCCUCGCCUAUGUCCAUCCCAAAUCUAAGACCCCGGUCUGGUCUAUGCUGUCUUCAACUUUGGUGACCAUUCUAUUGACCCUGAUCAAUGUUGGCUCCACGGCAGCUUUCAAUGCGAUUGCCUCGUUGGCGAUCGCAUCUAUGUUGACGACCUAUAUGAUCGCCAUUGCCUGUUUCUUUAUAGCACGCUGGCAGUCAAGAACAUCGCCUAGUAGUCCUCGCUUCUCUUUAGGCCCGUAUGGGCCAGUUAUCAACAUUGUAUCCCUCUUCUACCUUGCUUUCCAGAUCAUCUUUACCUUUUUCCCGACAACUAAAGAUGUGGUGCCCAAAACUAUGAACUGGUCGGUUCUAAUGGUGGGUGCAGUCACGAUCUUUGCUAUCCUGCAGUAUAUUCUGUAUGCCCGGAAGGUAUACCAUGCGCCUGUUGGUCGGACACUUCAAAAUCAGUGA